AUGUUCACCAGCUGCGGUAUCAAUUUCGCGUUUGGUGUCUAUCAAGAGCUCUACGAGACCAUGUCCAGGUCCAGCUCUUCGAAUCCCUUCACCGGAGCCACUCCGGCUCAGAUCGAUCUGAUUGGGACGCUGGCCAUUUCCCUGAUGACGCUUGGUGCCCCUUUCGCGUCUGCUUGGUGUAAAUCCUACUCGCCGCGGACAAUCACCUUCGCUGGCGGCGUCAUGUUUGCUCUUUCCAACGUCCUCGCCUCGUUCGGCCAGAAGCUCUGGCAUUUCAUCCUCACCCAAGGGAUCCUGCUCGGCUGUGGAGUUUGCCUGACUUAUAUUCCCGCCAUGACUGUCGCGCCAGGGUGGUUCACGACGCACCGCGGUCUGGCGAUUGGCAUUGUUUCCUCGGGCACUGGCGUGGGAGGAGUUGCAUGGGCUCCUUUGUUGCGAUACCUAAACAACCACAUGGGUUUUCGAGACACGCUUCGUCUCACCGGAGCGAUUUCGUUCAUCCUGCUCGGUGCCUCUGCCACGGCUCUCACGUGGGCGCCAGAGUUUGAACGGCGUGACCGCGUUGAGACGCAAACUUCUCGAACUCGCUUUCUGGUUCCACUGGUCGACUGGCGAGUUGCGCGGUCUCGCAAGUUUAUAGCACAAUGCAUCUCGGCAGCAUUGCAAUCGUCCGCAUACUACGCCCCUGUAUUCUUUUUCUCCGCCUACGCGCGUAGUCUGGGAUACUCCGCCGCCGCCGGUGCGACCUUCAUCGCUGUGUCGAAUGGCGCGUCUGCUGUCGGUAAGAUCAUCAUCGGCCAUAUGGCGGAUCGUCUGGGUCGGCUCAAUACUCUCCUCUUCACGACGUUCGUCAGUGCCAUCACUUCCCUCGGCUUGUGGCUUCCGUCGACUCUCUCUGGCGGUGAUAGGGACGGAAAGAGCCUUUUUGCUGCGUUCGCCAUCCUAUAUGGCAUCUUUGCCGGGGCUUAUAUCAGCCUGUUCCCAACAGCGCUGGUAGAACUCUUCGGAGUGCAACAUUUUGCCAGCGUCAAUGGGUUCUUGUACAUGGCCAGGGGGUUUGCGGCGCUCGUCGGCACUCCUGUUGCGGGAGUUCUCAUCAGGGGAAGUGGAGGAGGCGUUGAUGGUCUGUGGGCAGCAAAAGCCUACCAGAAAACGAGCAUUCUCAUCGGAGCGCUUCUUGCUGCUGCCACGGUUGGCGUGGCAUGGAUGAGAAUUGAAGCUGCUAUCAGCGGGAGCAAUCGACUAAGAUGGAAGGCUUAA